AUGAGGAUCUCGCAAUUUCUUGCAAUCGCAUUUUUCCUGCCACUCGGGUGGGCAAGUGCCGGUCAACCAGGGAAGGUCAUCAUCGAUACUGAUUUCAACACAAUCGGGGACGAUGGCCAAACACUGGCUAUGGCGGCACAGUUGCAUGCAAGCAAAGAAAUAGAACUGGUCGGUUUGACGAUCACCAUUGGAAACCAGUACCAAGCCCAGGGAUUGUCGGACUGCCUGAAGGCCGUGGAACGACUAGGGAUCGAGUUCCAAAUAGGCGUAUACGCCGGCGCACAGGUGCCCUUUCUACAUACCUACGCUGCAUUUCAACUGGAACAGUCUCUCUUCGGCAACGCAACCCAGUAUGUUGGGGCAUAUACGUCCACGGACUCGGGUCAGCUCGUCGCACCGCCGGAUGGUUUCGCCACGCAUACGGUCCCCCAAAAUCAGCGGGCCGUCGACUUUAUCAUCGAGACUGUGCACCACUACCCAAACCAGGUAACAAUACUAGCUAUCGGACCAUUGACGAACAUCGCGCUUGCCAUGCGACAGGAUCCCACCAUUGUCCCGCUCAUCAAGCAGGUUGUCAUCAUGGGCGGCCAGCUUUAUGUACCGGGUAACUCUUACAUUGGCGCCGGCGAGACCAAUUGGUGGUUGGAUGCCGAGUCCGCACGUGUGGUUCUGCGCGCUGAGGUCCCUCGCAAGAUUAUUCCCUUGGACCUGACGGAUACUGUAAACAUAUCAAAUGAUACAUACGACCUGAUUGCCAACCACGAGCCUGCCACGCCUAUCACCGAUCUAUUCAAGGAUAUCGAACGAUGGCCUUACGUCUACGAUACAGUUGCUUUGGCAUCUCUUGUUGACCCGACCCUAGACCUGGAUGAGCGUAUCUUAUACGUCGACGUGGAGUGCGGUUUUAAUGAGGCCUACGGCAGGGGACUUGUAUGGUCAGAGGACCCGUAUCCUGGGACAAAUGUCACGCAAUUGUCGUCUGUUAUUUUUAAGAUUGACAAUUCUCGGUUCUUUGAUCUUUACGUUGAUCUACUAACACGACCAGUUCCAAUCAAAAGUCACUGA